AUGCAAGGGACGCCUUGGUCGGAUGGCGCGCCUGGCGCAACCCAGUUGCCCAUCGAGCCUGAUGAGAUUUUCAUCUAUCGUUUCAAAGCCAGUCCCAGUGGUACCAUGCUCAUUCAAGAACGACCCUAUUGGAUGGAUUGUAUGGCGGAAUCUUUAUCCGGUGCGUAUUUUGAAACAAACCGCCCCAUUCCUUCGCUGAAGUUCGUAUGGACCGAAACCCAACACGCCCGCCCCAUGGAGCCUAAUAUCCAAUGA